CCAGAAAGGGGACUUGCCGGACUUGAGGAGGAUUUUGCUAGGGUUUUACCUCGCCUUGCUCGGCACCGUUGCCUGAUCGCCUCCACCCGCCUACUCCUCUUCCGGUGCUUCCGAGGCGGGGAGAUCGGCCAUGAGGGACCUCCACCUCUCGCUGAACCAGACCCAGCGGGUCCGCCUCGAGGCGGCGCUCCACGAGCUCCAGUCCCUCGCGCCCGCCGCCGCGUCCGCCGCCGCCGUCACCGUCGCGGACACCAUCCCCGUCAACCAGGAGGACAACAUCCUCAAGGGGCACGGGACGUCGGACCAGGACGGGGAGGUGGUGGCGACGCUAUGCGGGGUGGUGGAGCGGGUCAACAAGCUGGUCUACGUCCGUACUCUCCGGGCGAGAUAUAAGCCGGAGGUUGGUGAUAUCAUUGUUGGACGUAUCAUUGAGAUUGCUCCUAAGCGCUGGAGAUUGGAGAUAAAUUUUAGCCAGGAUGCUGUGUUGAUGCUUUCUUCCAUGAAUUUGCCUGACGGCAUUCAGAGAAGGAGAACUGCUGUUGAUGAACUUAAUAUGCGGAGUAUCUUUGAAGAAAAUGAUGUUAUCUGUGCUGAAGUUCGUGGUUUCCAACAUGAUGGAUCUCUGCACCUACAAGCAAGGAGUGAAAAGUAUGGAAAGCUUGAGAGGGGUCAAUUGCUGACGGUACCUCCGUACUUGGUUAAACGAAGGAAGCAGCAUUUCCAUAAUCUCGCACAGUAUGAUGUUGAUUUGAUUCUUGGUUGCAACGGAUUCAUCUGGGUAGGUCAGCAUGUUGUGGUGGGUGAAAAAACUAAAACGACAGAGGAUCAGCAGAAAUCCAGUGCUGAUGCAGAGAAUUUCACCCCACUAGAAACGAGGAAGCAUAUCUGCCGACUUGCCAAUGCCGUGCGUGUACUUUCAGCCCUAGGAUUCACUUUGACUGUUGAGCUGAUAAUUGAGACAGCGGAAGCAAGUGUGACAUCAAAUGUUGAGGUAAACAACAUGCUGGGGGCUGAAUUUUAUGUCCAGACGGCUGAGAGAGAGGCUAAGCGCCGAGCUGAUCUGCUGAGGAAGAAGAAUGGGGGGAGGUAAAAUAGGUGACGCCUUGAUGAUCCUGGCUACCUGAUUUGCAGAGAACAGUACCUGACAUGUAGCAGUGUGUAAACAUUUCCAUUUGAGGUCUGGCAUUUCCAUCGAGUCAUGGAGUAUGCAUUAUUUGAACAAACUAUCUUGUGGCCGAAAGAUUCAUACCUCAAAAUUGA